AGAGUAAACUUUCAUUGUACAGAUAAGAAUGAGCGCUUCAUUACAUUUUAGUGAAGCCCGGGUAGGCGGACCCCAACGGACAAACCCAGCACUGCAGAACCAAAACUCAGAGGUUUUGAGCGGAAGCUUUAAACGGUUACGAUUUUGAGUUCCUAAUUCUUUACACUCAGCCUUCCUCCUGUUUUGAACUUCUGAUUCGCCUCCCCCAAGCUCUUACGAACUUCGCCGACCCCGACAUUCACUCUCCGGCGGUUUAUUUCUUACUUCAGCUUUGGAAUUUGAUUGGCCUCCUUCAAACUCCCUUAGCACAGACGUCUCGCUUUUGAUUCGCUUCAUUAAGCUCUGCUCUGUUAAGUUUAAUUGUAAAUUUUAUGCCAAAGACUGUUAAUAUGGGCAAUGGGCAUAGAGUUUUAGCGGCGAAGGAUGCUUAGGUAUAUAGGAUAUUCACAUUCAAUUUUCCAAAGAGUUCAAGUCGCUGGAGAUGGAAUUUGGUAAUGAAAGCAUGUUGAAUGGAUUAUCUUAAAGCACGUCUUGUUCCUUUUACAAAGAGUUAUCGUUUUCUGCUGCUUCUUGAUCCUCUGUUUGCAAGAUUGUUGUAUUGGAGCCUCCUCUUUGAGCAAGUGCUUCAAAAGUCAAAGUGGAAAUGAAUAUGGAAGAACUGAGAAUGCUAAUAUCUAAUUUCAGCUCUUAUAUGUAUAUUGAUGAGUGGUAAUUUCAGCUCUUAUAUGGAUAUUGACGAGUGGUUUGUUUCCAGUUAAGAUUGGAACUUACUGCAAUCUUAUUAAUUGGGUUGUCCCCAAUUCUUCAGUUCUAUGCCCAUGACUUGUUGUCUAUUGCUUGCUAGUGCUGCUACCUUUCUCAUUUCUGCUGAAGUCAAACUCAUCGACCUUUCACAUCUAACAUUAAGGGAAGAAAUGUUUGUUCCUUCACGCAUCUCCUUUUCAAUUUGUAUUAUUUUUAGCUUUACAUUUGAUAUUGUAAGUCCAAUGCUUUGGCUAAUAGCACCAUUUUUCGUUCAGCAUAGAAUAUUUUUCAUGUUUUCGUCCUCAAAAAAAUUUUAGAUUGCCUAUACAGUUGUUGGAUUUUGUGUUGAUUGUGAAGUUACAAAAAUGUAGUGCUCUAGUAUUAUCCUUGAUGGUCUAUGCAUCCCAGUAUUCAUUCUUCAAUUAUGAGAUGUGAAAUUACUUGUCCUAACAUUGGCUGAAUCUUUUUUGGAGAUCUUGGUUCUUCUAUAAAUCCAUGUGGUUGGGUUCUACACAAGGAGAUUUAUUUUAAGAUAAGCUGGAUGAAUCAGUAAUGCAGUAAGGGAGAGAAUAUGAGGAGAGAGAGAAGAAAGAGGAAGAGGAAAGAUGUGAAAGACAAACCACUGGAACCAUAUUGAUGUUCUUAGCUCCUUCUCUUUUGUACAUAAUUCCAUUUCUAAACUUUUUCUUCCUUCUCUUUUAUUAUGUUUCCUCCAUUUUCUUUGUAUGUGCAUGGUUCCCUCUCUUUACUCAAUAAUCAUAAAGUAGAAACUCUGGUUUUUCAUUAUUGUAUGCAGCAACUUUGAUGUGUUUAUAUUAUUGAGUGCAGACUGCAGGGGUUAAUCUGCCAUGGAGUGCUCUGAUGACGAGAAGGAUGGAGCCUUUGGGAAUUACCUGCCAAAAGAACUAAGUAUAAGCUUAGCCAAUGGUACAAAAUUUGUAGAUGAAGUACUAAGUGGUCAAAGUGACCGCUGUCUGGAAAAUUUUCGCAUGGACAAGCAGCCAUUCUACAAGUUAUGUGAUAUUUUGCAAGCCAAGGGCCUGUUACGCCACACAAAUAGAAUCAAGAUUGAGGAGCAAUUAGCCAUAUUCUUGUUCAUCAUUGGCCAUAAUCUACGCACCCGAGCCGUCCAAGAGUUAUUCCGGUAUUCAGGAGAAACCAUUAGUCGUCAUUUCAACAAUGUUUUGAAUGCUAUUAUGGCAAUUUCAUUAGAUUUCUUUCAGCCUCCAGGAUCUGAUGUUCCACCAGAAAUCUUGGGAGAUCCUAGAUUUUAUCCAUAUUUUAAGGAUUGUGUGGGAGCAGUUGAUGGCAUACACAUUCCUGUAAUGGUGGGUGUGGACGAACAGGGGCCCUUCCGUAACAAGAAUGGAUUACUUUCACAAAAUGUUCUGGCUGCUUGUUCAUUUGACCUGAAGUUCCAUUAUGUUCUAGCUGGCUGGGAAGGUUCAGCAUCAGAUCUGCGAGUUCUAAACUCAGCUCUUACAAGGCGUAACAAGUUGCAGGUCCCUGAAGGUAAGUACUAUCUUGUGGACAGCAAAUAUGUUAAUAUGCCUGGUUUCAUAGCCCCAUACAAUGGGAUUCCUCAUCACAAAAAUGAAUAUUCCAUGGGUUAUCAUCCUCAAAAUCCUAGAGAACAUUUUAACCAAAGGCACGCAUUGUUGAGAAAUGCCUCCGAUCGCAUCUUCGGUGCUCUGAAAGCACGCUUCCCUAUAUUGAUGUCAGCUCCUCCAUACCCUUUACAAACACAGGUUAAACUGGUAGUAGCAGCAUGUGCAGUACACAAUUACAUCCGAAUGGAGAAACCAGAUGAUUUGAUAUUUAAAAUGUACGAACAGGAUAACAUGCUAGAAGUUGAAGAAUCGUUGCCCCCAUUAGAGGUGGAAGAGUCAAUGGUGCAAGUUGAGAAUCAGGCUGUGGAGAUUGCUUUUGAGACGGAACAGCUUGAGUUUAGUUCACAGUUGCGCGACUCUAUUGCAAAUAGUAUGUGGGAUGACUAUAUCCGUGAUCUGUCAGCUAUAUAGAUGGAUUCAUCGCGGUUUUAGUUUCAGGAUAGUGUUGGGAUUCUUUUCAAGAUCAUUGCCAGUGUAAAGUUUUUGAAUUUAAGCUUGAUCUUGGUGUAAAAUGGUAAUCUGUUAAUAUUGGUAUAUGAUAUACCUUUAGAAGUGCUUGCUGUACACAAAAAUUUAGCAUCAACUGUAUGGCAAUGGCAGUGUUAAACCUAGGAUUAAAAGUUACAGAAUCUCAUAGACAGAUUACAAUUGGAGGACUUUUGAUAUAUACAUUUAUCUAUUUCAAAGCUCAA